ACCAACUUAAUGUUUCCCAUAUGUCAUUUGACACUUUGAAACAGUUGCAGCGACUCAAAUUUGUUCAGUCUAUUUGAGAUUCAGUUCAUUGACCAUUUUAUGGCCCGGACAUUGAGUUUUUUUGUUAAUCAACAUGAGCACAAAUAUCGGCGAUGAAUUGGAUGAGCUUUAUGAGACGCAUCAAACCAAUAUUGAGAAUGAAUUGCAGCAAAUGGUUACACACUUUGAGAGUAGCGCCAAUGGAUCGAACAGAGCCAACAUGAAAUCGUUCUUCGAUUCGUUAGGCCAUCGUACACGUGGCAUAUGUCAAAGUGUUCGCGCCAAGUGUAUCGCUGAGAUGAUUGGCCAACAAAAAGACGGUGCGAAUAUGAACGAUGAGUUAGACGAGGAUGAUUUUGAUCAAAUUACAAAUUUAUUGGAGCAAAUUGACGAUUUAGAAAAUGACGAUGUUGAAAUGAUCGAUCGAGACAAAGAGCCACCUGCCAAAAUGAACGAGGCCAAGCUUGAAGUAUUCAGCCAAGGCAAAGUAAAUGCCGUACAAAUCGAAAAGGCUGGAGUAAUACCAAGUUCAAAGUGUUCGCCGUCAUUCCAAUCGAAUGCCAUGGUAUCUGGGGCGAGCAUUGAUCAUUUUUUGCAAUUCCAACGAAUUCACACCAACACGGCCAUCACAAAGAAUCGAAGAUGUUCUAUGUUCCAAGAGCGGGCACCAUUGUUUGGAGAAGCCGCUGCGCGUAUAUCAAAGAUGCGACGACUUACAAUGGUUAAUGAAGACCGUCCUGGUCCAGGCAACCAAAAUACGAAAUCGAUAAAAUGGUCAAAUUUCGUUUUAGAAACAAUCAAGCUCCACAGCCAGAAGGGUGCCAUUUUGAAUGCCAAAUGCGAUGCAAGUGGUCAAAUUCAGACGUUUUGUUUCUUCUGCAAUCGAAAAUUGAAAAUGGCCCUAUGUGAUUGGAAAUCACAUUAUUUGAAGCAUACAGAAGAAGAAGAAUUUUAUUGCACGGGUUGCAAUGCGGCAUUGGCAUCGACCGGCCAUGAACAUUGCAUGGGAUAUCAUGUGGCUGAAAGUUUUGCCAACUCAAAUGAGCUAAAUGCGUUCAUGUGUAUCAUCUGUAAUUAUUUACAGGUUAAUCAGUACCGUGUCAUAGAGCACAUUAAGCGAGAACAUGCCAAUGAACCACCGGACGAUCAUAUGAAAAAAGUUCUGCUUUUGCCUGAUUUGCAGCGUCGAACCACUCCAAUUCCGGCUGAAUUUGCGUGUGUUUCUGUGAAAAAUCGAUAUCAAUGUUCUGCUCGAAGUUGUAAGUUGGCUUUUCAGCAACCGGCCAAUUUUAAAAAGCAUUUCAUGGUGUACCAUAAGACGGCAAACAAAGUUGUGUGCCCACACUGUGGUGAGGUCAUGAAACGGGACGAAUCGUGUGUUGAUUUUUUUGGUGUUAUCUUGAAUCAUUGCUAUAUGCACGGUACAAUUGUAGAUCAAUGCCACAUAUGUGACAUGAUUUUUCCGAAUGACUUCAAUAUACUCAGUCAUUUUUUGGGUAAACAUGACCGUGACGUAUGCCGAUAUCGUCGUGAUUUUCGUAAUGCCAAGGAAAUAGACCGAAUGGAAGAAGUUCUGGUCGUGUUCGAGUGUAAUUUAUGCCAAAUACGCGUUGACACAUCCAGCCAGGCCGUUCAACAUUUUGUGAAGAGCCACAAAUCGCAUCAUGCCGAUUUUACAUUGAUUCAAUUUGUCAAAGAGACGAAUUUUGAUGGUGUGACAAAGUAUGUGACGAGUGAAAUUGGUCAAGUUUGGAAAUUUCAAAAGCAUUUCGUUUGUGGAUGGUGCAACGAGUUAUUCAUAACAAAAGAUCGACUCAAUCGCCAUCAUGAGCUCGUACAUAAGUCGCAAUACUUGCGUGUGGAGUUCACUAAGAAUCACCUGAUCGACUUGAACAAAACAUCAAAAGUGCAGCGUCAAAAUUUAGCCAUCGAUCAGUAUUUGAUGUAUUACUGUGCCUAUUGCAGCGAUUUGGACCAUUCAAUCAGUACAUUUUAUGCCAGUAUUGAUGAAGUAUAUGAUCACUGGUCUGAAUCCCAUGACAAAAGUCGCGAUCCAAAACCGUUUCGAUUCACUGUUGCUCAACUCGCGCGAUGCCGAUACUGUGACGUAUUCAGCACAUUUGCAGGGAUGAAAAAACACGAGGCUGAACAACAUCCGACGAAACCGUUUGUCUUUGAAGAUCUCAUCGAUCGCAUGAAAUGCGGCCUAUGUCUUGACCGUGGCGAAGGUAAUUUGGUUAAGCAUUUCGAUACGAAUCAUCAGGCAGUGCUUAAAGCAAAUCUUUUCAAUCCAAUCGCUUUGAACGGUGAUGUUUUGAAGAAGCUGGUGAAUUUAAAAGGGCAUAAGAAACGCAAGUGCACACAUUGUGCCGACGUAUUUGAGAUGAAAAACGAAUUUUAUCGACAUCACGACGAAAAACAUGCAUCACUCAGGGCAGAAUCGGAUAAGAUUUAUGAUAAUGAAAGCAUUCACUUGAUAGCUGGCUGUUGUGAAGCAAGAAUCCAACCGGAAAAACUGUUUGCACAUUUCAAAGAGCAUAAUAUUGCAUCGAAAUAUCGACUCAAGACAUAUUAUUGGGAAACAAAGGUCAUCUUUGGAAACGGUCUCGUGCUGAAUAAGCAUAAUUUGAUCGGCAGUGAAAAUGAUGAUAGCAAAGAGUUUGAGAAUUUCAUCAAAACAACGAUGGACGGGAAAUAAUACGGUCGAAUCGUCGCAAUAUUUUCAUAUGAGAGUUCGAACGGGUCAAUAGAUUUGAAGAGUUGAAACAAAGAGAAUCCGAAGAGAACAUAAAUUGUGACUCACCAUUAAUACUCAGAAUGGAGUAUUCCAUUAUUUAAGAAAUUUACGACUCAUCAACAUAUAUUUCUUUUUAUUCAAAAUUUUAAUACAUUUUAUUGCAAUGCAUCAAGCAUUUUUUAUGUAAUACCUUUGUAAUGCUUUAGCACUUUGAUUUAUCGAAAAAUCGUCGAUAAUUAAUUAACCGUAACAAUUGUUACGACAAAUAUUAAACUUGCAGUUUAUUGCACCACAAUCAAAUAAACAUUGUUCAAAGCAUCAUAAAUUGUGAUUUCAUCAAUAAAUAAAAAUGGUUUUUUUCGGCGAAAA